CCCCUGGCCUUUGGAAGGCCCGAUGCCCGCCCCUCCUCCUGCCCGCGAGAGAGAGAAGCCGACCAAAUGAUCUCUCCCUAGUAGAGGGGCAAGCUCUGGCGUCCACUGGGAACCCGAUGCUUUAUUCUGUAACUCUAAAGAACCUAGUCCGGCAACCUGGCCAGCGCCUUUCCCAAGCUCGAGUAACAAUUGCGCGGAGGUGGGUCAUCUGCGGAGAAGGUAGGAGGGGAACCGCAGCCUGCCUGCCUGCCUUCUCACCCCAAGGGGAAUCAUGAAGUAUCUUCUCAUACUCGCACAAAUUCAAUCACGCCCAUGUCUCCCGUGGGCCGUCGGCGUGUCUCCCUAAUUCUCCAACAGGGCCGCGGCUUCGGCAAUGGCCACAGUCGGGGUGGGAGGCAGCCAGUAGGGGAGAGUUAUAUUUGCCCCAAACUCGGGGGUCCCCCAAAUUAAGAGCGAUUUUUUUCUUGACCCCCCUCCCCUCGCGUGCGCUGAGCCACAAUGAUCCCUAGGAUGCCUGCUGGGCCGUCAGUGUUACUCCCCCCAUCCCUAUGAUCCCAGGCAGGUGUCCUUGGAAGCCGAGGUCAAAGCAGAGGGGGUCAAAGCAGACUUGACUCGGUCUCUCCCCUGUUACCUCCUCCUCCUCCUCUCCCACCCAAGCCAGCUUCCGAUUCCUAGCAAAUGUCGGGGGAGAUCUUCUUCCCGCUGGAGAGCCUCGCUGCCCUGGAAGCCUCAAAUGGCCACCCUCUCGUCUGCUUCCUGUGCCACGGGCAAUACGAGCAUCCGUGUCUGCUAGACUGCUACCACAACUUCUGCGCCAGCUGCCUGCGGGGCCGGGCCGUUGACGGCCGACUCGUCUGCCCGCUUUGUGGCCACCAGACCGUGGUGAAGGGGGCCAAUGGGCUGCCUCCCGUGGACCGGCUCCUGCAGUUCCUGGUGGACGGCUCCUCGGACUCGGAGGAGGCUGUGCGCUGCGCCAACUGUGACCUGGAAUGCCAGACCCAGGAUGCAGAGACCACCUAUUUCUGCAACACCUGUGGUCAGCCACUCUGUGCUCACUGUCGGGAGGAGACUCACAGAGCCAAAAUGUUCUCACGCCACGAUGUUGUGGCCCUGGGCAAACGCAUCAAGGACACCCACAAGAAAUGUUCUUUGCAUGGUGAGCCUUACAUUAUGUUCUCCACUGACAAGAAGUCCAUGCUGUGCAUUCGAUGCUUCCGGGACAUGCAGGGGGAAAGCCGGGCACACUGUAUCGACAUAGAAACAGCCUAUGUGCAGGGCUGCGAGAAGCUGGACCAAAUUGUCAUGACUGUGAAGGCUUUGCAGACCUCCACUCGGGAGGCAAUCACCCUGCUGCAGACCAUGGUGGAGGAGGUGAGGCGCAGUGCAGCCGAGGAGGAGAGCGCCAUCCACACCCUCUUCAGCAGCUUGCAAGAGAAGCUGACGGAGAGGAAGGCAUUGUUACUGAAGGCAGUUCGGAGCCAGUAUGAAGAGAAAGACAAGGCCUUUAAGGAUCAGCUCUCCCGCCUGUUAUCCUUGCUGCCCACACUGCAGGUCCACCUGGUCACUUGCUCAGCUUUCCUCAGUUCAGCCAACAAGGCAGAGUUCCUGGACCUGGGAUAUGAACUGAUGGACCGGCUCCAGGGCAUCGUCACCCGACCCCACCGCCUGCAGCCCGCGCAGAGCAGUAAGAUCAUCAGCGAUCACCGUGCUGAGUUCGCCCGCUGUCUGGAGCCGCUGCUGCUGCUAGGUGCGCGCAGGGCGCCGGCGCCCGGGGCUGCAGCCACCAUGCUUUCUGGGUGUUCAUCUACCAAGGCUCUGCUCAGUUCUGGCUGCCCAUCCCCAGGCGGAAAGAUGUCUGGGUCUCCUAUCCACAAGCCCACAUUGCACCGGUCCAUCAGUACAAAGGUGCUGCUGGCAGAGGGAAGUGACACUCCCUUCACAGAACAUUGCCGCCACUAUGAGGAGACAUACAAGACCUUGCAAUCUGAGAUCCAGAAUCUGAAGGACCAAGUACAAGAAUUGCAUCGGGACCUCACCAAGCACCAUUCCCUCAUUAAGGCAGAAAUCAUGAGUGACAUCCUGCAGAAAUCCCUACAGGUAGACGGGCACAUUGCUUCCAAGUAUGCCUCGGUAGAGAUGAUGAGACCUGUCUUUGAAGAGACAUGGGAAGAAACCUAUCAGAGAAUAGCAAAUGAGCAAGAAAUUUAUGAAGCCCAGCUCUACGAUUUGUUCCAGCUGAGACAAGAGAACAGCUAUCUGACCAAUAUCACCAAGCAGAUCACCCCUUACGUCCGCUCCAUCGCUAAAGUGAAGGAACGGCUAGAGCCAAGAUUCCAAGAACCUAUUGAUGAGCAAUCGGAGAAUUUACAAAGAAUAUAUGAAGAUAUGGUGGUGAUCAAUGAGAAUCAAACCAGGAAUGAUCUAACAAGUAAUUCUGAAGAGAAAAGAGAAGAUACAGGAGUACAACAGAGGGGACAACCAAAUUCUGAACAGACUCUCAGAAGAACUCCUGAAAAAUAAAGGCCAUUAACAAAUCCAAAGAGAAAUAUGGGAUAUCACAGCUAGCAAAGAAUCUAUAUCUUAGCAAAAGGAACUUGCUUUAUCAGGCUACAUCAGGAAAUUUAAAGGUUUCCUUCCAUCACAGUUAUUGAAUAUAACGGGUAAUUUUGCCAACAAUAAAUUGUGGACUUAGCUCAGGCUUUUCAAAUUAAGAUUUUAUUCUUGCUUGAGCUAACUUUUCCCUUUUUCUCUUUUGAAUACCCACAAGUGAGCCAUAGCAUCAAACUACCAUUUUGGGUAAUAACUCCUCUAUUCAAUUAAACUUCAAACCAGAGUGAAAAUCUAUCCCCACUGGACAUGUCAAUAAUUAUCCCUUAGCCAUCUGUCCAGUCCUAGGACCAGUUUUGGGAGGUUUUGCCAACACUCCUUUCUAAGAGAUGGUUAAUUUCAAUUUCUUUUCAGCCAAAGCCUUCCUACUUGGGCCAUGUAAUUUGGAAAGGUUUAUUCUUUAAUUAAUGUAUAGGUUUAGCAUAAAGGGAGGAAACAAAUCUUUUCAGAUUCUCUUUGCU